AUGCCGCACCACUCCCCCCGAGCAGCAAUCCUCCAACCCUUCCGCUCCAACUACCUCCCCUCACCCACCGCGAAUGCCCCCCUCUUCCUCCCCGCCGACGCAAGACGGCAUUGGUACCUAGGCUACGUGUACCUCUGGAAAUCCUUCAAAUCCGAAGCAAUCGAGUAUUUCAACCACGAACAAUGCGUCGAAGCCUUCCGCCAACUCUAUGGCUUCCAGGUCGAAAUGUCACAUGCUACGUUCCCGUCUCCAUAUGCCUCACUCCCCGCCCCAGCGAGUCUUGAAGCUCACUUCUCGCACGAAGUCCUGCAGCCCGUGGAGAAGAUUUACAACUCGCUACUUACUACGCAGGUUAUGCGGAAUAUAUGUAGCGACAACAUGCCGCAGGGCAUCUGGCUCGAGAGCGGGGCGCAGAAUGAGGAGUUAGCUGCGAAAGGCGUCAAGCCAGCUUUUAUCAUUCGCUCAAAAGCUGCAAGUGGAGAGGAUGAAGUGAGGAUGCUGGGGCAUGCGGAGUAUCUUGGGGGAAAACCGGGUGCGUUGACGUCUGCGAUCAGGAAUGCGGGAAGGAAUACUUGGGGGAGUCUGCGGUGUGUGUUAGGCGAUAUAGCGCGCUGGAUGCUCGAGUGCAACACAGAAUACGGGUUUCUAGUCAGCAGCGACGAGAUCAUGUUUCUUCGCUUUGCCAUUGUGCACAAGGGCAAGAAGAUGAAUGUAGCGCAGCCGGGAGAACCGGAGCACGUUGCGUUUGUGUAUACGAUAGUGGAGCCGUCUAUUAAUUACUCGGACCCGAUUAAGCACAAUGAGGUGCUGGAUGAGAAGAACGGUACUGUGCCGGUUAGGCUAGCGUUGUUGUAUCUGCUGCAUACGACGGUGGUAAAGAGGUUUCAGAUGCCGAAGCAAAAGGGAAAUGCCGCACACUAUUUCCCGACGACGGAGGCGGGCAAGAGGUUUACGUUGUAG